GGGCAGGAAAGACAAGUGGAGGCGGGAGGAGGGAGCGAUGCUGCAAAAGUCAUCUAAAAAUUGGGGCGGGGAAAAGAGGCUACAGUUUAGAAGGCAGACAAACUGCGGAAGUUGUAGCAGACAAGUUGGCAGGUCCAGUAGGUGCACCCUCCCAAGAGGGAAUGAGCAAGUGCCACGGCGGCAGGAUUUUUACCUUCUCUGAUUGUGGAAGGCGCUAGACAAAAACAUGGAACUAAUUUCCCCAACAGUGAUUAUAAUCCUGGGUUUCCUUGCUCUUUUAUUAUUCUUUCAGCGGAAGAACUUGCGUGGACCCCCGUGCAUAAGGGGCUGGAUUCCUUGGAUUGGAGCUGGAUUUGAGUUUGGGAAAGCCCCUCUAGAAUUUAUAGAGAAAGCAAGAAUCAAGUAUGGACCAGUAUUUACAGUCUUUGUUAUGGGCACCCGAAUGACCUUUGUUACUGAAGAAGAGGGAAUUAAUGUGUUUCUAAAAUCCAAAGAAGUAAAUUUUGAACUAGCAGUGCAAAAGCCCGUCUAUCGUACAGCAUCGAUUCCAAAAAAUACUUUUUUAACACUGCAUGAAAAACUUUAUGUCACGAUCAAAGGGAAAAUAGGGACUGUGAACCUAUAUCAAUUCACUGGACAACUGACUGAGGAACUACAUGAGCAACUGGAGAAAUUAGGCACUCAUGGGACAAUGGAGCUGAGCAACUUCGUAAGGCAUCUGCUUUAUCCGGUUUCAGUGAAUAUACUCUUUCAAAAAGGUUUGUUCCCCACAAAUGAGAGAAAAAUCAGGGAGUUCCAUCAGCAUUUUCAAGCUUACGACGAAGGUUUCGAGUACGGGUCCCAGAUGCCAGAGUGUCUCCUAAGUCACUGGUCGAAAUCCAAAAAGUGGCUUUUAGCACUCUUUGAGAAAAACAUUCCCGAUAUAAAAACAUACAGAUCUGCGAAAGAUAAUUCCGUGACAUUAAUGCAGACUUUGCUGGAUAUCAUAGAGAUGGAAAGAAAUGAAGAAAAGAGCCCCAACUAUGGGCUUUUAAUACUUUGGGCUUCUCUGUCCAAUGCUGUCCCUGUUGCAUUUUGGACACUUGCAUUUGUCCUCUCUCAUCCCAGUGUCCACAAGACCAUUGUGGAAGGCAUAUCUUCUGUGUUUGGCACAGCAGGUAAAGAUAAGAUAAAAGUAUCUGAGGAUGACUUGAAGAAACUCCCACUGAUCAGAUGGUGUAUUUUGGAAACCCUUCGUUUAAGAGCCCCUGGUAUCAUUACUAGAAAAGUGAUGAAGCCUGUUCAAAUUUUGAAUUACACUGUUCCUUCCGGUGACUUGUUGAUGUUGUCUCCAUUUUGGCUGCACAGAAAUCCAAAAUAUUUUCCUGAACCUGAAGUGUUCAAACCUGAACGUUGGAAAAAGGCAAAUUUAGAGAAGAAUGCUUUCUUGGACGGGUUCAUGGCAUUUGGAAGCGGGAAGUACCAGUGUCCUGGGAGGUGGUUUGCUCUGUUACAGAUUCAAAUAUGUAUUAUUUUAAUACUUUAUAAAUAUGACUGUAGUCUUCUGGACCCAUUACCAAAACAGAGUUCUCUCCAUUUGGUAGGUGUCCAACAGCCAGAAGGACAAUGCCACAUUGAAUUUAAACAAAGAAAAUGACAUUGGUUGGGCCUAAGGAGGGCCAGGGCCUUCUGGAAGAGUGAUUGCCCCCAUCCACUAGCCUGGAAGCAUCUAGACCUGAACUCUACUGCUUAACUUUGUUUUAGGAUUUAAUUCAAGAGAAUGUUGAAAUGGUAGGUGUGUUUGGUAACAUAAGAGUAGACCCAGAAUCAGACAUCACUCUCACUGAUAUAGAGACCUGAAAAGUGGUUUAUAGAAAAUGUUUAAAUGAUUCAAAAAAAAAGAGGCACUUCUUAAGAAGUUGUAGUUUGGUUUCAUGCAUAACUGUAUUAAAACUGUAAAUAGACAUAAUGCCAUUUGAAUGAAAAUCUGAGUAAAUUGUGAAGGCAACAUGCUUAAAUUUCUAUUUUGAAAAAGGCUAAAAGUCUUCGACUCUAAAAAAAAUGUUAAACGAUAAUUUCUGGAAAUUUUCUACUUUUCUUAUAUGAUCCUUAAGUGGCAAUUGGAAUUCUUAAGCUAUAGUAAUAUAAUUCUUUAUGGGAAACAUGUCUAGUGCUGAAAGGGUGGGUAAAAUGAUAGCUUUCUAAGACCUGGAGCAUGUCUUACACUCAUUCUGUGCUCAGCUACACCUAGGGCAGCACUCUCUAUAAGGUUUAUUCAGUAAAGGUGUGCUGACUGAUAUAUUGAUUUGUGUUUUAAUGAAGGUGAAAGCACUCUUUUGAUCGAAGGUGUUGGUAAUUAUGGGUUAGGACGUAAUAUUUUUGUUAAUGUAUAGAAACACAAAGAAAAUGAUGUCAAGGCCAGUAACAGCAUCUGAACCGAUUACUUAGGACUUCUACCUGAAAUGUGUACUAUGAAAUCCUGAAAAGAAAUCCUGUGAUGCCCACGGGAAAUGUACGAUGCUAGUAAUAGAGCGAUCGGUGAUGUCAUGAUGUGACUUCUAUUCAGUAAAAUGCUGCUUGCCUCCUUUAUUUCACAAUAAAUAAGCUUUGAGUGCA